AUGGUUCAAUUGGCUCUCUCGGAACAACUGGGACAUACAGUAGUACAGUACUCAGGCAAUAACAUCGGCUUUACAUUGCCGCUUAUAGUGGUUCCUGUUGUAGUGGUUCCUGUAGUGGUUCGAGUAAUACUCGCAAGGGCAGGUGAUAUGGUUCAAUUGGCUCUCUCGGAACAACUGGGACAUACAGUAGUACAGUACUCAGGCAAUAACAUCGGCUUUACAUUGCCGCUUAUAGUGGUUCCUGUUGUAGUGGUUCCUGUAGUGGUUCGAGUAAUACUCGCAAGGGCAGGUGAUAUGGUUCAAUUGGCUCUCUCGGAACAACUGGGACAUACAGUAGUACAGUACUCAGGCAAUAACAUCGGCUUUACAUUGCCGCUUAUAGUGGUUCCUGUUGUAGUGGUUCCUGCAGUGGUUCGAGUAAUACUCGCAAGGGCAGGUGAUAUGGUUCAAUUGGCUCUCUCGGAACAACUGGGACAUACAGUAGUACAGUACUCAGGCAAUAACAUCGGCUUUACAUUGCCGCUUAUAGUGGUUCCUGUUGUAGUGGUUCCUGUAGUGGUUCGAGUAAUACUCGCAAGGGCAGGUGAUAUGGUUCAAUUGGCUCUCUCGGAACAACUGGGACAUACAGUAGUACAGUACUCAGGCAAUAACAUCGGCUUUACAUUGCCGCUUAUAGUGGUUCCUGUUGUAGUGGUUCCUGUAGUGGUUCGAGUAAUACUCGCAAGGGCAGGUGAUAUGGUUCAAUUGGCUCUCUCGGAACAACUGGGACAUACAGUAGUACAGUACUCAGGCAAUAACAUCGGCUUUACAUUGCCGCUUAUAGUGGUUCCUGUUGUAGUGGUUCCUGUAGUGGUUCGAGUAAUACUCGCAAGGGCAGGUGAUAUGGUUCAAUUGGCUCUCUCGGAACAACUGGGACAUACAGUAGUACAGUACUCAGGCAAUAACAUCGGCUUUACAUUGCCGCUUAUAGUGGUUCCUGUUGUAGUGGUUCCUGUAGUGGUUCGAGUAAUACUCGCAAGUGCAGGUGAUAUGGUUCAAUUGGCUCUCUCGGAACAACUGGGACAUACACAGUAG